AUGGUGUUACUAAAUAAUUCUAGAUUUAUUGAAGAACUAACAAAACUAUGUAAUAAUAAUGAGGAACAAAAUAGGGCUUCCAUUUGGAUUACCAUAAAGCGAGUAAAAAGAAGUGACAUAAAAAUAUGUGUACCCAAAAAUGAAGGUGGCGAUAAAAGAAAUAAAAAAAGUCAUAAAGAUGACAACAAAAAUAAUAAAAACUAUUUAUGCUUAAUCAGAGCAACAGAUGGUAAAAAAAUUAAAUUAUCUACACAUGUUUCUGAUGAUAUAAUUAGUUUUUCCCAAGAAAUAAAUAAUAUAAUUAAAAAAUAA